CGGACAAUCAACACCAAGCAUUAUAUAACAAAGGCCAGCAGCAGCGCAUCUCAUCGGUGAUUAGGCCCACGACACUCGUUUAGAUUAUAGCAAGAUGGGCAAACCACGAAUGAUCAUUGUGAUUCGUCAUGCACAGAGCGAAGGAAACAAGAACCGCGACAUCCACCAGAUGAUCCCGGAUCAUCGUGUCAAGCUGACAGAUGAUGGAUGGAAACAGGCAGAGGAAGCAGGUCGACGACUACGAGGCAUGCUCAAGCCAGACGAUACCAUCCAGUUCUUCACCUCCCCCUACCGCCGUACUCGCGAAACGACCGAAGGCAUUCUGUCAUCCUUGACGUCCGAAAGCGAAGAAGAAGGCCCGUCACCAUUUCCCCGCCACACCAUCAAGGUCUUUGAAGAGCCGCGACUACGAGAACAAGAUUUUGGAAACUUCCAGCCAUGCAGUACCGAGAUGGAACGCAUGUGGCAAGAGCGCGCCGACUAUGGACACUUCUUCUACCGUAUCCCCAACGGCGAGAGUGCUGCCGACGCCUACGAUCGUGUCAGUGGCUUCAACGAGAGCUUGUGGCGCAACUUCAGCGAUGAAGACUUCCCCUCGGUCUGCGUGCUGGUCACGCAUGGCUUGAUGACCAGAGUCUUCUUGAUGAAGUGGUAUCACUGGUCCGUCGAGUACUUUGAGGAUCUCCGCAACGUCAACCACUGCGAGUUUGUCCUCAUGCAGAAGAAUCUCGACAGCGGCAAGUACAUGCUGCAGAACCAGAUGCGCACAUGGUCAGAGUACAAGAGACGCUCGAUACCGCAGCAAAACGCUCAAGUCACAGCUUCGGCUUUUGCUUCCCCUGCAAUACCUUCCCGCAAGUGGGGUGGUUGCGUCGGCGGUUGCACGCAUCAACAUUCAAAAUUUCCUCGUCGCAUAAAGAAGCAGAAUGAAGCCUCGGACACUGCUCAAGCGUCAGCAAAAGACACAGAAGGCCAUACGAAUCUUGCCGAGCAGCUUCCAACACCCCUCCAAGCCUCAAGCACAGCAAGCACCACAGAGCCCAACUCGCCAAUCUCCUUCCGUCUACCCACCCGCCCCAGUUUCCUCCACGGCCGCGACGGCGGAGGCUCCCUCUCCGGCAUUGCCACCCCAGUCGAAGGCUUCUCCGACGUUUCCGGUGCCGAAAGCGAUUACUUCGCCCGUCUCCAACAUAAGCACCACCGCGACCUCUCCGACGCAAAUCCCAACAACCCCUCCGCCGCCUCCGCAACCACAAAACGCACACACAAAGGCCGUCCCACCGCUACGGACCUGGAUAACUGGAGGAGAGAGAGUGGGAUGGGCAAGGGAGCUAGAGCUGACCCUUUGGGAGACGAGUACAACGAUCACGACGCCGAGGAGGACGGGGAUGAUGAGCAAGAACUGGAUAGGGUGACGACGAAUGAGCCCAACGGGCCUAGUGAGUUUGUCGAACAGCUAGAUCUGAAGGAGAUUGAAGAUAAAAGCAUCAGGGGCAGUGUGUAUUAGGAAACGGACUAUAUACCACAUUCAGGCAGGAAGAGACCAGGAUAUGCUGGACGGAAAUAUGGCGGG